CACUUUUUACAACUUUUGAAGUUCAGAAUUACAGGUAAAAUGGAUGAAUUCAAACAUCCACUGUUCUUUGAAGCGAAAUAUUUGACAGACAAAGAGAAGCACAAAGUCAGAAGCCACUUUCAGAAAAGACGGGAUUCUGGUGGAGGUGAUUGUGGGAUGAUCGAAAAGGCUGGAGGAAACACGUAUAAAAUCUGUUUCAUGGAAAUAGAAGACCUGGAAAGGGUGUUGCAGAGGAAGAUUCAUAAUAUCUCCCUUCCUUCUGGCGAUUUAUGUCUAAAUGUGAGUCAAAGUUAUUGCCCAGAGACCCCGGAUCAGCCAUCUACAAGUCAACCGAAGACACCCACUGAAGUCAACACAAAAGGCCAUGAGAAGAUAUUCAAACUAGAUAUUUUCCUCAUGUUUUUCCUGAGAGACAAUCCUAAAGCAUACAAAUUAUUACAGAAACAACUCUCAUGUAUCGGCUGCCAAGUAGAGUUAGAUUUUGAGGAGGAGGAGGCAGUGGUAAGGGGGGAUAUUGAAAAGGGGCCUGGAGGAGCUUUUGGGGGUGCAGAGCAGUGGCAGGAUGAUAUUAAAGUGUACAGAGAGGGCGGUUAUCCAGUGGUUGUGGGAGAAACUGAGGCUGUGCAUGAGAAAAUAGCAAUCCUCGAAAAGAGCCUGACAACCCGGAAGGAGUUACCAAUUGUGGAGAAGCUGUUCAAGCUGGUAGAAGAAGAGUUUAGUCGAGAAAUGUUUGCAAAAUACCCAGAAGUUAAGAUCAACAUAGGCCGAGCCAUGGUGACCUUAGAGGGGCCUGACAAAGAGGUAAAGUCAGGAGCCAACACACUUGAGGACCUGAAGGAAAAAGUAAAGGAAAAGCGAGUUAAACUAUCCACAGCCCUGAUGACCUUUAUAGGAUCCAGCGGUGCCGUAUCCAAGUACCAGACCCGCUUCCAGCAGAGACUCAGAAAUCCUGUUUCCCUGGAGGUUGGGUCUGAGCUGGUCAUGUCCAGUUUGUCCUCCGAUGCCCUCGAUGAGGCCGAAGCCACGCUGCAGAGAGACUUUGAUUUGGCCAAUGUCAAGCUGCAGGGGGCUCUAGCUGCACCUCCAGAUCUAGAUGGAUUAAAGGAAAUCCUCUUCAAAGCCAAGAACGAAGCUAACUCUAGAGAGUUCAGAGUGGACGUCAGCUUCAUCCCAGGAACCGGUGGAACCCCAAACAUCAAAGUACGACUGGUGGGCUACAGAGAAAAUGUCAAUAAGCUCAAAGAGAGGUCAAGCAGGGAUCUAAUCUCAGCUCUAGCUAGUCUGACCUCCGACACUUUGGUUCUGGACGGACCGGGGGCUCUGCAGUACUUCCAAGCAGAAGGUAAAGUGGGCAAGGAGUUGGUAGAGAGCUCAUUUCAGGUUAUCAUUAAGGAACAGCAAGGUGUGCAUUCGACAAAUGUGCAAAGUAAACCACGAAGCAUCAGCAGCCCUGUAACCAGCGGCUUGGCACCCCAACCCCUCCCCAAAUUGCGCUGCAAUACUGUUGGAAUCAAUGUGGCCAUAAAGACGAGCCUGGAGAUCAAGCUUGGCAGUCUGAUAGAUGCUCAGGUGAAUGUGUUGGUGGUCCCCAUGAUCAACAAGAACCUCACUUCUACUAAGAUAGGUAACAGUCUGUUUCAAAAAGCCGGGAAUGCAAUCAAGUCCAAGUUUGACACGGUCGCAGCGAAUGGUACCGUUGCCCCUGGUGAUGUCCUGCAGGUGGACGCGCCUCCAUCUCUGGGCUGCUCCAAGCUCUUCUUCAUCGAGUGCUUGCCAUGGGAUGGAGUCAGAGGGCAGAGUGUGAAGGCGCUUGGUAAUGGCCUGAAGAGAUGCUUGGACCUUUGCGUACAGCGGGGCUAUAGCUCAGUUGCCUUUCCAGUCAUUGGACCCUCAGAUGUUUUAAAAUACCCAAUGAAAGAGGCCAUUCAAGUGCUUAUGGAGAACAUUUGCCAGCUUGGUUUAUCUGCGUCCUCUGGGUCUCUCACCACCAUCCAGAUCGUCAUUAAACCAGGCUACCCUGACUCUGAGGAGUGCUACCAAGACGUCUACAGGCACCCUGGCUUAAAUGUGAACCAGGGAGGAGAAGCAAUCUUUAGGUCCCUCACCAGUGACCUUGAUGACAUCACGAUGACAGUGGGCAGCGGGGUUAAACUACAACUGGUGUUUGGUAACAUCACUGAUGAGACGACGGAUGCUGUGGUGAACACGACCGACUUUGUUGAUUUCCAGUACGAUGUGUGCAAAGACAUCUUAACUGUAGCUGGAGCGGAUGUAGAGGCAGAACUUAAAGCAGCAAAAAGCAUUCGCGGAGACGUUUUUGUGUCCAAAUCGGGAAAGUUCUCCUGUAAAGCCCUUUUCCAUGUCUGUGGACAAAAGGAUGCAGUCGUCAUCGAACAACUGGUGAUUCGCAUCGUUGAACAUUGUGAAUCUCUUGGGUUCGAGUCCGUGGCCAUACCUGCUAUCUGUGCUGGAGCUGGUGGGUUGGACCCUGGUGUUGUGGCAGGAGCCAUGCUCCGAGGGGUCAAGGAUGCCACGUCGUCCUUUGGUCUCAACUCUCUCACUGACAUCCGCCUCGUCCUGCUAAAGAUCAACGUCUUCCUGGCCUUUAAAGAAAAAGCAAUGCAAAUGUUUUCCACUGCUGUGAUCAACAAAGUUUCUGUACCUCAGUUGCCUCAUGUACAACAAUUACAACCUCCAUCUGUGGAGGCAGAUCUAAGCAUCGUCUGUAACAGCUCUACAAGCCAGCAGUCCGUCUUCAGGUUCCUCGGUCUCUCCAGAAAGGAUGUUGACGGUGCCAUGACAAAGCUGAAGGAUCUGUAUCAGGCUCAGUGUUCUUCUCAAACCUUCAGAAAGGAGGAACUGAAAGACCUCACCCAGGACGACGUGAAGGAUCUGAAGCAGCUGGUGGAAACCGAAGGUCUGUAUGUUGAGUUGAGCCAAGGCACCUUGAAAGUUAACAACAAGGUAAUGCAGAUGAUCAACGCCUCUCUAUACGGCAACCUCAGGAGAGAGUUGAGAGUCAGGGAGGAGGAGGAUCUGUACGCCCGUGUGGCUUGGUGCAUCUUGGGACAUAUAGGCAACUGGGAGAGGCUGCUCAAAACAGCCAAUCACAGUCUGGAGAAUAACGAUGUAGGGGGAAGGAUAGUGGACGCUCAGGGCAACAAGUGGACCGUGGAUCUGCCGAGGAUGGAGGCUACGAGAUGUUUAGGUGGUCAAACAACAAAACUAAAACGACUUGAGCAUCUGCCAGACUUCACCCUCCCUCUGUACUGGGACAACAUGGCUGCCGGUGAAGCUUUGAAGACGGUUGAACUCCUUCCUUCCUAUGCAGAGUACCGCACAGUGAAGGAGGCCUUCAAACGAACAGUCGGCAAGACCGUGCUGAAGAUUGAGCGCCUGCAGAAUGUCCAUCUGCGGCGCGCCUAUGAAGCUCAGAAGAAGCAAAUCUCUGACAAGUACAAACAGCAGGGUGGAGAAUGUGAAAAGCUCCUGUACCACGGUACGACCCAGGACAACUGCCAAUCCAUCGUAAAAACUGGGUUCAACAGGCGCUUUUCUGGGCAGAACGCAACUAACUACGGGGAAGGAACAUACUUCGCUGUAAAUGCCAACUACUCUGCUCAACCCACCUACUCCAAGCCAGCUGCUGACGGUUCCCAGCUCAUGUUCGUGGCCCGCGUCCUGACCGGCAUCUACACUCAGGGCCAACGAAACAUGAGGGUCCCUCCUCCCGUCAGCGACCAGGAGGACCACGACCGCUACGACAGCGUGGUCGACAGAAUGGACAACCCCCAAAUGUACGUCGUGUUUCAUGAUAACCAAGCGUACCCCGACUACCUCAUCACUUUCAAGUGGACGUGAGGAGAUAUGAUUUAUCAUCCCAUGUGGGAAUAUACAGGUAGAAGAAAUUAAAGAAAGUUAUAAUUUGGGGUAUGUUCACGUAAAGUUAUAUGGUGUAAGAGUUUUUUUUGUAGUCAUAUAAAUUAAUCAAUAUUAAUUUGCACAUGUGAAUGUUCACAAUGUUCGUACAAAGCCUUAAAAGUUUGGACUAUGUCAGAUACCUGAUUUUUAAACAUAAUCUGGUCUUUAUUCUAUCACUAUGUAAACCAAUCAUAUUUUAAUAUUUUAAAUGAAACAAUUCAGUUUCCAUAUUUUUCUACUGCUGUCUCAAACCAGAAUGGAGCUUGCUGCGCAUGAAAGGAAAAGUUAAUAAGAGGCGAGCACUUACAAUAUAUAGUAUAAAGUGUCAAAGCAUUCUUUAUUUUCAGCAAUUGCAAUGUAUAGAUUGCAUUUAACUGGAUUUGAAGAUUUAUGAUUUGAUAGUCUGGAAAUGUAUUGUUUAGGUCUUAGAUCUUAGAAAUAUUCCCGAGUCCAGUUUCUAACGUUUUCUGCACUGCAACAUAACUUUAGCUGCCUGGGAACAUGAAGGAGUCUCCCUCUUGGUAUGAGGACGUUAUUCUGUUGCACUUUAGUUAUUCGACUUCAAGAUGAACUGGAUCUGCUUUUUUGUAUUUGUUUUAGAUGUACUGCCAAUAUAAGCAUUAAUAAAAUUCAGAA